CCGCGCCUGUCCUCCUCAGACAAAGCGACCAGCCAGCUCUUGCUGGAGACGGACUGGGAGUCCAUCCUGCAGAUCUGCGACCUGAUCCGCCAGGGGGACACUCAAGCGAAAUAUGCCGUGAGCUCCAUCAAGAAGAAGGUCAACGACAAGAACCCCCACGUGGCCUUGUACGCUCUGGAGGUCAUGGAGUCCGUGGUGAAGAACUGCGGGCAGACGGUGCACGACGAGGUGGCCAACAAGCAGACCAUGGAGGAGCUGAAGGAGCUGCUGAAGCGGCAGGUGGAGGUGAGCGUGCGGAACAAGGUCUUGUACCUGAUCCAGGCCUGGGCACACGCUUUCCGGAACGAGCCCAGGUACAAGGUGGUCCAGGACACGUACCAGAUCAUGAAGGUGGAAGGGCACGUCUUCCCGGAGUUCAAGGAGAGCGACGCCAUGUUCGCCGCGGAGAGGGCCCCCGACUGGGUGGACGCCGAGGAGUGCCACCGCUGCCGGGUGCAGUUCGGGGUGGUGACGCGCAAGGACAAGCUGGCGCAGAUCCGCGACGCCCGGGGGGCGCUGAGCGCCCUGCGCGAGGAGCAUCGCGAGAAGCUGCGCCGCGCGGCCGAGGAGGCGGAGCGCCAGCGCCAGAUCCAGCUGGCGCAGAAGCUGGAGAUCAUGCGGCAGAAGAAGCAGGAGUACCUGGAGGUGCAGCGCCAGCUGGCCAUCCAGCGCCUGCAGGAGCAGGAGAAGGAGCGCCAGCUGCGCCUGGAGCAGCAGAAGCAGACCAUCCAGAUGCGGGCGCAGAUGCCGGCCUUCCCCCUGCCCUACGCCCAGGGCGCACCCUGUCCUGGGGAGGCGGGGCCCCCACCGCGCUGUCUCCCCAGGAAAGCGGAGGGGAAGGCCGCAUCCACCGCCGAGCUGCCGCCAGAGUACCUGACCAGCCCCCUGUCCCAGCAGUCCCAGCUGCCCCCCAAGAGGGACGAGACGGCUCUGCAGGAGGAGGAGGAGCUGCAGCUGGCGCUGGCCCUGUCCCAGUCAGAGGCGGAGGAGAAGGAGCGGCUGAGACAGAAGUCAGCGUACGUGGCGUACCCCAAGGCCGAGCCCGCGCCCACAGCCUCGUCGGCGCCCCCGGCCAGCAGCCUCUACUCCUCCCCUGUGAACUCAUCGGCGCCGCUGGCUGAGGACAUCGACCCUGAGCUCGCCCGCUACCUGAACCGCAACUACUGGGAGAAGAAGCAGGAGGAGGCCCGCAGGAGCCCCACGCCGUCGGCGCCCGCGCCCCUGGCCGAGGCCCCCGCCCAGCCUGGGGAGGGGCACGUGGCCCCCGUGCUGGAGACGCCCCUCCCGGAGGCCGACACGCAGCCCGUGGCCCCUCCCAGCGGCCCCUUCGGCGAGGUGAGCCUUGCGCAGUCCGCAGACGCUGCCGGCCGGCCCCGGCCCGAUAAAUAA